AUGGGUGAUUGGAAUAAUAUUAUAAAAAGAAACAGACAAUAUAUCAAAGCUAAGAAUAAAAUAAAGACCCAAGUUGAAAAUUACAGAUUACAACAACUUGGAUUAACAGAAAAUCUACAAACUCUAUUUCAACCAAUAUUAAAAAGUCAAGAAGAUAUUAAAAAUAGAUUUGCGCCUCCCAUAGAAGCUUCACCUCAUAAAGAUAAAUCAUUAAAUGAUAUAAAACGUUAUUUUUCAAAUCCAAACCCAGAUUUACCAAAGAGCAUUACACCAAUUGUUAAUAAUGAAGGGUUAUUGUUUAAUGGAUUUAGAAUAAGAUUUAGUGGAAAUUCACCACAAUUCAAAAUCGAUACAAGAGACUUUAUAUUUACAUUAACAGAAGGGUUAAUAGAUUUAAUGAAUGGUGGGGAUGUUGAUAUUACCGAUUACAAGGAUUUAGUAGAAUACUCAGAAUUUCUACAUACGAUAAGAAAGACGGGACCCGAAACAAGAAGAUUAAAAGAAGUUGAUCAAAUAUAA